UAGUCAGCCUGGGUGGGUGCAAUGUGUGUGGUGGUGCUUGGGCGGAGGAGCGGGCAAAAGGGUGGGCAGGAGCCAAGUUGGCAGCUGAGAGUGGGUCAGGGGAGCGGGCUGCCUUUCUUCCUUUAGCAGAAGAGGGUCGGAAACUUUUCCUCUCACCCUGGUGGCCAGCCCCCGGCAGGACCUUGGAGGGCCGAGCUGCAGCCCGAAGGGCCCCACUAGCCUGGCUUAUGGCACAUUCCCCAUCUUCGCCCUGAUGGGUUCUGUCUUAGUGCUCAGCCCAGAGCACUGACUGCAUGAGGCUUUCCGGAGAGCCGAGAGCAGCAGCAGAAGCAGCAGCAGCGGCGGCGGCGGCGGCGGCGGCGGCAGCAGCAGCAGUCACCGCACCACUCACUGCCUCCCCCAUCCUGGGACUCUAGCCCUUUAAAUCUGAUCCGUUACCAAAAAGAAGAGGCAUCAGCCCCUUUUAAUUAGCUCGCCCGGCCGGCUGGGCUCCUCCAGAGCUGCGGUUCUCCAGUUGCUUUGCGAUGGUUUGAGAGAGCCCCCCUGAGCUCCCUGUGGGCCAUGGAUCCUGGACGCCUCUCCCCUGAGAGCAGCAGGAGAGUCUGGGUGCCUUCGCUGCUGGUCCCUUGAUGGGCUUACAAAUCUCUGGGAAAAUAGCACACCGGCUCCAGAUACCUGAUGCGGCUACCAGAGCAACAUGGAGAGGGGCCACCCCAGCACCAAGAAAAGGGAAGCAGAGGGUCCCCCGGAGGGAGCGAGGAGCGGCGGAGAAGCCAGGCCCCGGACUUUCCUACCUGGGAGAAGAUGCCGUUCCAUCAUGUGACAGCUGGCUUAUUGUAUAAGGGGAAUUACCUGAACCGCUCCCUCUCUGCUGGCAGUGAUAGUGAGCAGCUUGCUAACAUCUCGGUGGAGGAAUUGGACGAAAUCCGCGAGGCCUUUCGAGUUCUGGACCGGGACGGGAAUGGCUUCAUCUCCAAGCAGGAGCUGGGCAUGGCCAUGCGCUCCCUGGGAUAUAUGCCCAGUGAGGUAGAGCUGGCCAUCAUUAUGCAACGCCUGGACAUGGAUGGGGAUGGCCAGGUGGAUUUUGAUGAAUUUAUGACAAUCCUGGGCCCGAAGCUGGUGUCUUCAGAAGGUCGAGAUGGUUUUCUUGGGAACACGAUAGAUAGUAUAUUCUGGCAGUUUGACAUGCAAAGGAUAACGCUGGAAGAGCUGAAGCACAUCCUGUACCAUGCAUUUCGGGAUCACCUAACAAUGAAGGACAUUGAAAACAUUAUUAUCAAUGAGGAAGAGAGCUUGAAUGAGAACUCAGGAAACUGCCAGACAGAGUUUGAAGGAGUGCAUUCCCAAAAGCAGAACAGACAGACCUGCGUCCGGAAGAGCUUAAUAUGCGCCUUUGCUAUGGCCUUCAUUAUCAGCGUCAUGUUGAUUGCAGCCAAUCAGAUCCUCCGCAGCGGCAUGGAGUAGUAAGUAGUCUUUCAUCCGACACUGUGAACCAAACUCGCCAUGCAUGUGCAUGCCCGGUGGGCAGACUUUUUUCCUCCAUGAAACCGGAAAGGGUACAAGGUGGACAACAAGACGCUUUCGGCAAAGGGAACCCGAGGCCGGCAGGGCGACCCGUCUUGAGAACCAGCUCCAUCUUCUUGUCAGGGACACCAAAGGGCUGUCUUCAAUGCUUUAACGGUUUUGUUUCCUAAUGCAAUAAAAUUAAAAAAAAAAUAAAAUAAAAACCCGGGGAGUUCUGAAUUCUUGCUUCAGCCAUCAGUAGGAACUCUGAGGAAAAGCUUCAUUUCCAUCUGGGACUGACGUGUGGUGGUCUAUGCUGGGAGUCGGAAAGAGAAAAAGAGAGAGAGAGAGAGAGGGAGAGAGAGAGAUCAGAGACUGAGCGUGACCUGCAGUUACUACUGGUCGACUUUAUACAUCCAACCCAAAGUUUGGCCAACAGCAGACUCUUCCUGGGGGUGAGCCUUGUUUGGCGCCACAGAAGCUGACUGGUGUAUCUGCAAAGAAGGCCACCAUUUCAUCCCCCUCAGCUUCCUCUGUUCACCCCCAAUGGAGCCCCUGUGGCAUGAGGGCAAAGCCAUUGUACAGGGUCAUGGUUUUCCAAGUGGUACCACACCUCACUGGUGUGCUGUGUGUUUGCGUGCUAUUCCUACUUUUUUUUUAAUUGCCUUGGACACAGGACUUUUGUUAGCAGGAUUGAGGGCUGGGGAGGAGGGCUUUGGGUCUCCAAUUGCAGUUUUCUUUCUGUCCCCAGUGCUGAUAGGGGAAGCUCCUUUUAUGCACCAGCAUCUUGGAAUCUGCAUAGAGCCUUUUUCCCAAACUUGCCUCCUGUGCAGCCAUUAGUGAGAGAUUUAAAAAAUGAAAUAUAUGUGUAUAUGUAUAAAUAUAUAGAUAUAUUUAGCUUCUUUCUGUAUGUGCCCAACUGUGCCAUUGUUCAUUCUAGAUCUUUUGUUCCAGUCACAAAGCGGUCCCUUGGCAAAGCAAUUAUUAUUUUUGACUGGGAUAGAUGGGAAUGAUGGAGUGUUUGAAACCCUUCAACUUCGUGUUAUCUUUGGUAAUAGAGGCAAGGGAUGAGCACAUCGUUCUGCCAGAUCUGCUCGGUAGCUGACACUCUCCUGGAGGUACAUCUUCCCUUUUCUCCGUCACUCAUCCUUCCUCCUUCCCCGUCAGGCUCCAUCAGUGUGUGGGCUCAGGGUAAAAUCAGCCGAACUGAGAAUUUGAAGCCAAAGUGACUGAGAUGGAAAGAUCAAACUACUAUAUUUUACAUAACAUCUCCUGACAUUCAGAUUCUGCGAUUGACUCAUUUUCACGGAAGAGAUUUUAAUGAGCUUAGCAAACAAGACAGGUAAUUUCUUUUGCAUGCACGGUGGUGACGGUGCUGGUGUCGGUGCGGUGCUGGUGGUAAAGAAGAGAACAAAAUGACCUGUUUGCUAUGGAAUCUUAAAAACUGUAAUUUAGCCUCUUUUCCAAGGUGCCGUACCAGUCCAUUACAAUUAAUUUGUGGUUUUGCCCAGUCUGAUUAGUGAAUACUCAUCAGCUGUAAUAUUUCUCUGUACCAUUUCUUGUUGUACUUUUCCAAGCUCGGUUGGGAGCUCAGAAAUACUUCAUUAAAUUCUGUUAUGGGGUUUUUCUGGGUGCAUUCUCAUCUACAUCCCCAAAUCCAAAAGCUUUCUCUUGCUUAUUGCCUUUUUCCUUCCUGUCUUGGGGUAAACAAAGGCUCUUCUAGCUAGGUUUGGGGGCCUGCUUUGUCUUCUUGGCAUCUCCUUUCCAAAUCUCUAGCAAUGCCCCUUCCUUCCUUCCCUCUCCUCUUCCCCCCAACACAACCAUUCUGCAAUGUAGCCUCACUCCAAGCUUUCUUCCCUCCUCCCUAGUCACCCUGUGGGUAAAGUGGGGUCAACUCAGCUGGCAUAGGAAAGUAUAAAUCUUCACACUAUGCAGAUAUAAGGGGGUAAAAAAAGACCCACAAAAACAAAACCUUUCCUGUGCAUGGCAAUGGAAGAGGGUAAAGGGGAAAAUGUGAGCCUUUGGGACCCAAAGGCAGGUGGGCCAGGGAUCAGGGAAUUCCCUUUAUGAACUACCCCUGGAGUAAGAGUUUAUGUUCUUGUUGACAGUUUUAAUUCCACCUUUGAUUUGCUGGGUGAUCUUGGGCAAGUCACAUUCCUUCUCUGGACCUGUUUUCCUACUGAUAGAACUAGGAGACUAAGCUAUCUGAUCUGGAAGAUCCCUUCCAUAUCUGAUAUUCUCAGCUUCACAAGAUCACAGAUUUAGAACUAGAAGAGACCUUAGGGAUUAGGCCAGUCAAGUCCCUCCUUUUAUAGUUGGGGAAUGGAAACCCAGAGAGAUGGCAUGACUUGUGUCCCAAGGCCACUUAGGAAGUAUGUAACAGAGCUGGGAUUGGAACCCAGGUCCUCUGACUCCAAAACCAAUGCUCUAUUCAGUAGGCUACUGCCUUGAUUCUACACACCCAGGGGCAACUGCUGUAUGGAGAGGACCAUCUAGUUCCCAUAGGUAUGCAGAAGUUCAUAAUGAAUGGUACUCCCAUAGACCUUCAAGAUUAGGAUGGAGCCUGGGAUGGAAGAAAGCUCUGGAUAAACUUGAAUUUCAGUUCAGGAAUUCCUCAAAGCCAGAAGGCACCAGAAAUGUCACUGAAUAUGAACCCCUCCUUUUGCAGGGGAGGAAACCAAGGCCUUGAGUGAGGAAGUGACUUGUUCAAGGUCAAACCACGCAUGUAUGCCAGAGCCAGGAUUUUGUGUCUUGCCUGUGUUUGCUCUUUCCAUAAAUGCCCUCUUCUACAGGGUGACUUUCCUUCCCUUCUGAAGUGGCACUGGAUCCUAAUACUGAAUAAAAAUGCAUGGAAAGGGCUUUAGAGAAUACAAAUAGAUCUCCUUUGAUGCUCUCCUGGUUUGUCGCUUCAAAGUAAGAGCUUCAGGGGGCCCCCAAGCAUAACCCCAGCAGGGACCCCACUGGCUCUAUUGGAAAGAAGUCAGUCCUCCAAUAAUGGAGGGAAGUGGAUAGUAUGGAAGGGCCAUUGAAAGGAAAAUCCAUCCUUGGCUAGCCCCCUGUCUCAAUACCCCCAGAACGAAAAACCCUAGCCAGAGUACAGGACUUUAAAACACGAGUCAAUAGCUGUCUCUGUUCAUGAUAAUUCAUCUCAAUGGUACUAGACACAUAAAGCAGGAUAAAAGAUUGAGCAGGGCCAGGCUCCUUUGUCUAUGUGGCCUCAAAAGUUCCUUUAAAUCCAAGUUAUUUCAAGGUUGGUUCCCUCACCCCUGGGGCCUUUUCCUGGGGAACAGAGGGUAAACUCAGCUCUUUCUCAUUCCCCAAAGACAGCCAGGGCCAUGUGUGAAACAUCUUAAAGGACUGAUCUCUUAUUGCCAAUUCUAAAAGGACCCCUGCCUUCCACAGGGAGGGAAAGACCAAGGGAAGUACUACCAGGUGUGAUGGUUAUGCCAGCACAUGCUAGAGGACUGAGCCAGAGCCUUAUCUCCUGGAACCCAUUCCAGCCCAGGUGGUACUUACUUAUGUCAAUGGGGGGCAAGGCCUAUCCCUUUCUCUCUUACCCUUCUUCCAUCCUCACCUCUCCAAAGCCCAAUUCAGAGCCAGAUGAAAUAGGGAUCAAAUAGGGCCUUCUUUAGGAGGGAGAAAUUGGCUCUAAGGACAAUGUCUACAGCCCGUUCUUAGAUUUAGAGUGAUGAAGGGAGCUUAGGAGUGAUCCAGUCCAAAACCUCUCAUUUUUCAUAUAGGGAAACUGAGGCUUAGAGGAAAAGUGAUUUACCCAAGGGGUCAUAUAUAUUUUUUCUGGGGCUCAUGAAAUAAUAAUGCCCAAGGACCAGAAAGCACCAGAGUGUUCUGAAAGGGGUAAAGGCCAAGAACACUAAUGCCCCUGCCCAUGUCUGGGGUGUGGGGAGAAGGAAAGAAAGGGGAGAGGAAAGGGGAUCAGGAAGGAGGAGGGCUGUCUGUAAAACUGCCUAGGGACCUAGAAUCUUAACUAUGAGCCCUAGGACAACUUAUUAACCAACUUAGUGAUGUCCAAGAAGCAAUUCCCAUUUUGGAAAACAGCCCUACACUGAUGGUCUCUCAUUGAGCUAUUUCCUGGCUUCUCCUUGGUGGUGAGGGAUUGGAGGGAGAGCUGAUUUUAUGGGCCCAAUUCCCUGGCUCAGUGGUGGAAGAAUUUGUUGCUUCCUUGCAAGGCUGGCCUAGGAUACUGAUACCCCAGCCUUCCUGUCCUCCUCCCAUGGGUGUUUUCUUAGAUCUGGCCUCCCUGGGACCUCUUCUCCAUCUCACAAAUUCUGUGCAUAUGCCCCCUUCCUGGCCAUAGCCUGAGUGAGAUGCUUAACCCAUAAAAGACCAAGAAGUAGACCACAGAGACCAUUUGGUCAAUGUUUCCACUUGAUAAAGGAGGGAGCAGAUUUGGAGAGAGGAAAUAACUUGCCCAAGGUCACACAUAGCUGAGCCAGGAUGUGAAGCUAAAUUUUUUGACUCAAAAUGCAGACUUUCUUCCUAUGCCAUAUUUAUUUGCUUCUUGUCUCUUCUGGCCCCAGAACUGACUGCACAGAAUGGAUCAUUAUGCCAAAAAACUAGCUUCCCUGACCUUGGUGAAGGGGUUAGAGGGAAGAGUAGUGGAUGGUUCCCUAACCACAGAUCCACCUACCCAUUCACAAAAAGCACCAGCCUCAGCAUCCUCAAGGUCUAGAUUGGAGUUUCAAACUUCCACUUAGUGGCUGUGUAGGAAAAUCAUUUCUCCCUCACUCUCAGUUUCUUCCACUGUCAAAUGAGGAAAGGAGGCCAACUUGAAUAGACCAGGGCUUCUAAGCUCUUUUGUCACAGGGGUCUUUGGCAUCUAGUAAAGCCCAUUUUAAAAUAAUGUUUCUUACCUUCAUUCAAAGUCAAAGUGCUAAAUUUCAAUUAGAAACUAGUGAAAAUGAAGAUGGAAUUUUUCCCCAUCUAAGUUCACAAAUCCCUCUGGACUAGAUGACCUCUCAAGGCUUCUUUUUUUGUGUUGUAUUCCAGUCUCUCUAAGUUUGCUGCAGUCCUGUGGGGUGAGGAGGUGGGUAGAUCAUUGGCAAAUAGUGCAUCAAUAAAUCCUUCCUGCCAGGUGCUAAUGAGGCCACCAGAAAGGAUUGUGGGAAAACAGGAGUUAGGGGAAAAGGGAACAAUUAAGGAAAAAAUACUUGGGGGAAGGAAAGACGAUUAUAGAUUCCUGGAUCUACAAAUUGGAAGAGACAGAAGGGGUCAUCAGGUCCAACUUCUUCAUUUUACAGAUGAGGAAACUGAGGUCUUGAGAAAUUAAAUGACUUUAUCCACUGUCACCUAACUACUGUCAGAAGCAAAAAUUGAACUAUGGGCUUCUGACAGUAGACCUAGUGCUCUGCCCAUUGCAUAGUGGAACCUCCUUUUUUUUUCCUUUUUCCCUAAGAAGAAGCUGUCUUGUUUGAUCCUAAAUGUAAGCUUUGCCUCCCACCUCCUAUCCCUCAUCCCUACAAAAUCCUGCCUUUGGAGCAUCCUAUGUCGGGGUCAGGAGCAGUGCAUGGCAAAUCCCACAAAGAGCAUCUGUAUAACAGAGAUGUCACUAUGGCAACCCACGAACUCCACCGUGGGCUUGCCAAACCACAGAGAAAUAUGGAAUGCUUUCUUAAAGGAUGCUGGGGGCUUGCUGGCUCUCAACCCGACUCCCUUGCAAACAGGCUCCUGCUGGCAGGAGAACAUCCUCCCUCCAACCACUGGAUCCAUCUUGCUACCUUUCCCUCCCUGCUUCCCUGUCCUGCGGUUACACUUGCUUGUUAGAGCAGGCCAACUGUCGCCAGGGGGGAUUUCACCCACUGCCCCCCUCUAAAUGUGGCCCCUGAAGCCAAACUGUGGUCUGGAGGGCAGCAAAGCCUUUAAUCCAUCCAUUAAAAAAAGCCUCAUCUUGUCUGUUGAAGUUUUCAAUGAGCCAGCAAUGUGGAGUGAGGUAGCCAUAGGAGGUUCAGCCAUAGGUUGAUUCCACAUCUCCUAUUUCAGGAGUUUCAGUGAGGUCAACAAUGGAUGGCGGACCAACUUCCUGUAUUGCUAAGCAAUAGAUAGUGAGGUCUUUCAAGUAGAGCCAGAUGAGGCCAAAGAGGUGGUCAAGUCCAACUUCUUCUUUUUACAGUGGAGAAAGCUGAGGCCAAGGGAGAUAAAGUAACUUUCUUAAAGUCAUGUAGGUGGAUCAUAGGAUCAUAAGUCCAGAAAUGGAAGGUAUCCAAGAAGCCACGAAAUCCAGUCCCCUCAUUUUACCUAUGGGAAGACAAAGGAUAGAAAGUGACUUUCCUGGGGUCACUCAGUCAGGAUUUGAAGUCCUCUGAUGCCAAAUACAACAGUUAUCUCCUAUGCUUGCUGCCUCAUAUGAAUGAUGCAUGGGAAGAAAUGUCCUUUCCUUAUCUGAUCUUAUCUAUUCUUUGUCACAUCCUUAGGACAAAUAGUCUGCCAUCCUCUGUCUGUCCUCAUUCAAAGUCAUUAAAAGAUGAUAAGUCUACUUUGGCCAUCUUUGCUCCUCUCUGACCUUAUCCCCCUCCCCUUGAGUGGACCAAAUGAUGAGAUGAGUCACCAGCAACCCAGUGAGAUGAAACACUCACCUUUUGCCCUAAGAAGUUUGCACUAAGUUCACCUACCAGACCUGAGUCAGAGAUGAAGUGAUCUCCAUUCCCAGUGUUUCCCACCUAGUAGUGGCUCCCCCAUGGACUGAGGUCCUCAGCACCCAGAGUGGGCAAGGUGUCUGAUUGGGACAACUGCUCUCCAGGGUUGGGGGUUCUGGGUUCACUUGAGUCUCAUCACUGCCUGGGACAGAUGCACCUGCUGGACUGUCCUAACCCAUCCUAUGUUCCCAUGCUCAUCACCCUGGCUUUGUGCCAUCUAUCCAAAGCUACCAAGGUACAUUGAUUCAUGGGGUCCCCUGUGCAAAGGAGAAAUGAGUAUUAUCUAACUAUGCCUUCAUUUUGCCAAUCAAAUAAAUUGAGGCUCAGAAUAAUAAACUAACAUAUAUAUAGCACACUGAUAUUUAUAUCAACUCAUAUGUAUAUAGUUCUUUGACAUUUGCAAAGUGCUUUAAAUACACAAAUUCAUUGAAGCCUCACAAAAAUAUCCAGACAUUAUCACCCUCAUUUUACAGGUGAAGAAACUCACUCAUUCAGAGAUCUUAAAUGAUUCAAUUAUGUCUUCAAAGGCCAGAGGCUGGAUUUGAACCCAGGUCUGCCUGAUUUCAAGUCUAGCACCAAGCAGAGGCAGGCCACAGUGUCUGUUAAUACUGUGAUGGAGGACUCUUCUUCCAGCGAGGAGCGUGAAAGGUAUGGGAACUUCAUGGUGAACAGAUGUUCUGCCUCUCUGAAGAAGAUGUGGUAAGAACAUCUGGGCUCUGGUUGUAGGAGGAAGAGUGGAAGUGAACUGAGGCUGAAAGAGCCUCUAUCAGAAGCUGGAAAUCUUUACUAGGGAAGUUAAAUUGGAGUAUUCUUUUCUGGAGGUCUUGAAGAUUGUGGGAUCAUGAAUUUAGGGCUAGAUGGAGGAUUAGAGACCAUUGAGUUCAUCUCAUUCAUUUUUAAGAGGAAAGCUCUGAAGUCCAGAAAGGUUAAAUGAUUUACUCUGUGUCACACAGGCAGUUAGUGGUAGACAGAGGCAGAGGAAGAGCUCAAGUCCUCUGAUGUUCUCAUUUGCCUGCAAGAGGGCUAGUGUCAGAAUUCUCUGGAGGAAAGAGAAGGGAAUUGCCUUGGAUGGCUUUAUUAGCUACUUUCUCUGUACCCCAGGAUUCUUGGUUCAGGGGUUCAUCUUUUGGUUCUCCCCAUUCUCAUACCACUCCCCAGCAAACCUUCAUCAUUCAGUGAUUCUUUGAGGAGAAAGAAAGACUCAAAAAGAGUGAAGAAAACCUAGUCAGCAGCCAAGGUCUUCGUUUCAAAUAAUUUAAAGUCAUGUUCAAAUAAAAGAGGCUUUCAGCUGCCUCCUAAAGACCCUGUCUCCAUGACAAUCUAAAUGUCAGGACUGCUCAGCUUCACGACACGCUUCCUUUGGCUAAGCUGCUCCUAGAUGGGAGUCAGCAGUGAUGGGACUUUGUAGCACAGUGCCCGGCUGCCUUAAGUCACUUCAGUAAAUAAGUAACUGAGUGAGUUACCGAGUGAGUGAGCAAAUGGAUAAGUGACUGUGUAAGUGAGUGAGGAGUGUGCACCUGAGUGAGUGAGUGAAUAGCCGAGGGAGAGAAGGAGAGAAGGAGUAAAUAUGGUGUGGAGGUAGGGAGAAAGUGGACUCUACAUUCCAGGGGAGCCCUUCCUAGCACUAACAUUCAAGGCAAUCUCUGGAGGUGUGAUCCCAACCCAGGGUGCAUUUCCUGACACCUCAGGGAGUGUCCGGUGAGCACAAGGGGAAAAUUAACCUGGAGGCAUGCUGAUUUAGGAGGUAAAUCUCUGUCUUUUAGGAAUGGGCCAAAAGAGUUUCCACCAGUUUAUAGAAUCAUAGAUAUAUGGCAGGAGGGGAUGUCAGAGGUCACCUAGUCAUAGGAUCAUAGAUUUUGAGUUGAGACACCAAAAGCUCCUAAUUUGCAUAAAAAAACUCAAUAAUCUGUCUCUGCCUCUAUCUCUCUGUCUCUGUCUGUCUGUAUCUCUCUCUUUCUCUCUGUCUCUCCUUUUUUCUAACAUGCAUUCAGGUUGAGAUUUGGAUUUUAAAGCCAGAGUUGUGCUGUCUCAUUGAAUGCUAAGGUAUGCUAGUGUAGAGAUAGAUCCACAAACAGAUUUCCAGUGAGAUUGGAAAAGGACCAGAGAAGAUAGAACCUGGGAUGUCACAACAUCAUAGAUUUAGGACUGUCAGGAACUCCAAAGGCAUCUAUCUACUUCACCUUCCUCAUUUUGCAGAUAAGUCCCAGAGAAGUGGUGAGCAAAAGCAGACAGGUCAUAAAUGGCAGAGCCAGAAUGAAAACCUUGGCCCUGUGAUCCGAAAGCCAGUAUUCUUUCCAUUGUGUCAUACUGUGGGCUGGUUUCUGCUUUUCUUCUCUCAAGAUUUAAUCCAAAUAAAAGCCCCUGAGGGUGGUAAGAAAUUAGAACUCUGAGAAUCUAAAGGAGCUCUGAGGAAGACCCAGAUGGGUUCUUAGGGUUCCAAGGUUGCCUAGAGUGGAGAAAGGGUGUUUGGGUCAUUAAAUUAGAAGCUCCAAGAGCCUCUGGACCUUAACCUUUGCCUUCCUAGAAAUUGAGUUUAUUUGGCUUGAAAACCUGUACUGGUCAGCUCAAAAUUAUACACACCAGCUAUAAUUCUCCAGGUAUUUGCUGGACUCUUUCUCAACAAUGUUGCUCAAGGUGUCCUCUAAAGCAAGGUUCUUAAUCUCUUUUGGUCAUGGAAUCCUUAGUAAAUCUGAUGAAGCCUAUGGACCCCUUGUCAAAGUAAUUUUUAAAUAUUUACAUUGUAUAUUGUUUAAUAUUUAAAUAUUUAUAUUAUUUGUAUAUUUAAUAUACAAAGUAAAAUUAAAUAUAUGAGAUUACAAAGGAAAGCAAUUAUAUUGAAAUCCAAGUUCAUGGAUCCUUUGAACUCUAUUCAUGGACAGCAGGUUAAGAACCCCUGAUCUAAAACUAUAAUUUCUAACAAACAUGAAUUUCCUGCUCCUUCGGGGUCUCUAGUAAAUUCACCUUCAUGCUGAUUGAAAAUAUAAAUAUGUACCUUUUAGGAAUGCAACAAGUUCAAGGGACUCAACUGAUAAAACUCUUCAGAAGUAGGGGCAGAGUUAGCCCAAUCUAAGCAGUCCCACCUUGUUGUUGUGAUGAGAAAUCUGCUGAUCAUGGAAACUUGCCUCCUCCUACAUAGCAAUAAUCCUUUCCCUGGAUGGAAUGUCAUAGGAAAUGCCAAGCCCAGACACAAUACACUUCACAGUUCCUGGGCCAAGAAAUGAAAGGGGAAGAGAAAAAAAAAUAAGUCUCUCAAUAUAGGUUGUAUGAGCAUUUUCCCUGCGGGCCUGGCCUACUUUUGGAAUGAAUAGUUCCACAUAUCCACUUCAGGAGGGACCACCUUGGCCACUGAGCUGUCCAUCGUCCUGAACUUAAUGAUCCGUCAGACUUUGACAUGCCCUGGCAAAUACCAAAAGGAGGCUGGCACUGGCUCCUCUUGAAGAGUUCGAAAUGCUGACAUGUCCUCUGGGCUCUGGGAGCCGCUGGUGUAACUCAAGUCCAUCAGGAUGGACAGGAGAGGAGAAGAAGGGGAAGUUAUUGAUUGAGCAUAGCAAAAUGAAAACAACACAAAAUCCAGAGGCAGGAAAGGAGGAGUCUAGCUCCCACUUUAUUUAAAGUUAGACUUAACAAUUUUAAGUGAGUUUCCCCCCUUAUGUACCCCACCUCAAACUCUGGACUUCACUUUUCUCAUCUGCAAAAUGAAAGGUUUGGGCUAGAUGUCCUCUGAGGUCCUUUGUAGUGCUAAGAAUGUUUAUAUGAAUAAGCUAGAAUCCAUAUUCUAGGUGAAGAAGGUUACCAUGAUGUUUCCCCAUAUGCAAUGAUAGGGGCAGUGUGGGUUCCUGGUCAGAGAACUGAUCUUCAGAGUCAAGAAGACCUUGGUUCAAGUGACCUCUUACCCUUUGGAGCCAUAUGAGCCUAAGGAAAUAGUUUUAACUCUCAGGGUGCCUCAGGCAAUCCCCUAGAACCCAUGGAAGGGAGUAUGGUAUGGUGGAGAGAAUCCUGACCUUAGAGACACAGGACUUGAGCUCAAAUCCUACCUCUGACACUUAUUACUUGUGUGACCUUGGGCAACCCUGGGCCUCAAUUGUCCUAUUUGCAAAGUGAAAGGAAUUUAACUAAGUGGUCUCUGAGGUCCGUUCCAGUUAAUUAUCCUAUUACCUCAUAAUUCUAAGAUCCAUUUUCUGCUAAGUCAGAGACAGGUUGGUAUCUAUCUGCCCUUGUGGAAGUAUUUCCCACCUCAAUAGUUGCCUACAUUGAUAAAAUAAAAAUCAUUUAUUAAAGGCCAAAUUGUUUUUUAGCCUUCUAAGACCUGGUACAUUACCUCUCCCCAAGGACUCCACCAAGUCCAGGAAGUUGGGUUUGGCUGGUAAAAUGAUCCAGAUUGGCUUUUCUUGUGUUAGUCAAGCUUAUUGUCUUGUAGCCAUAAGACUUUGCUCAAUAACCUUGGCUGUUCCUAUUCCAUCUGCUGAUUUGGGAAGAAUCAAAGAUUGGCUUUUGUUUCCUUUUUCCUUUCAAUUUGCAAAUUAAUGGGCUAGAGAAGCUAGAAAAGAUGAUCUACGCCAUCUUUGCCACCCCCUCCUUCCUUUCUAACAUCUCAUAGGAAAACAAAAGGAGUUGAAAUUUUUAAAGAAUUAGAAUAAAGGGGGGGAAACUCCAUUCCAGCAAAAGAAGCUUGUUUCUUCAUUUGAGAGAACUUGACUGGAAGCUCCAGAGUAGAAGAACACAAUUUUAAGCCGCUGCUCUUUUCUGUGAGAUGGAGGACAGUUCUCAAAUAGAAGUGAAUGGUUUUUCAUUUCAACACACAACCCUUCAGAAAGACUUCUAUCUCUGAUCUCCUUCAAGAAAUAGAUUAUUACAGCCUUAGACUAUAGACUAGAUUUUCCCUUUGUCAGCCAGACAAGCUUGCUAGAAUUUAGGUAAAUGGACUAGAUGACCUCUGGAAGGACACUUGGAACUUCAUAGAGUCCAGAGCUGGAAAAGCAGACAGUCAAAGAGCAUUGAUGAUGAGGAAAAGACCUCAGAAAGCAUCUAGUCCAACCCAUUCACUUUAUGAUUGAGGAAACUGAGACCCAGGGAGAUUAAGCAAUUGGUUCAAGGUCACAAGGGUAGUAAGCACCAGGGAUGACAUUUGAACCCAGAUCCUCUCACUCCAGAGCCAGUGUUUUUUUUUUCCUCCCCUGUACCAUGCUCUCCCCAUAGGCUAACAAUAUACUAAACACAUUUUCUCCUUUUGAGUUCUGGUAGAGAUCUAACAAAAUAUAGAGCAGAGGAAAAGUGAGAAGUAUGAGAUCAACAAAACCUACAAUCUCUUUGUAGUAUAUUCAAAUCCAAUAUAAGGCACGUUUCCUCCAAUUUUACUCUUCCUGAAAAAUCAGAAGCCGCCAUUACCAUCUAUUUAUCUCUAACCUCUCCAUCUUAAAUCAGUGUUUGUGAGCAUUCCUUGUCCCCUAAGGAAAUAACUGUGGAUUCCUCAGGCCUUUCCUGGGGAGAGAAGGAGAGCAUGACCUUUUGGUAAACUCAUGCUUACAUCUUUCUCUUAGCUCCUUCUCUAGAAAAGCAGAGAAUGUUCUUCCAUUCCUCCAUGAAGAUUGAAUUCAGGGGGGUCUUUUAGUGGCCCCCAGCAGGCUUUUCCCCCUUCCUUCCUCUGACUCAGAGCUAUAAUGAAGUUUCCAUACAAUAAUUUCCAAAGGACCUACCAAAGAAAAUGGCCUUACUGGGGAAAUGGAACCAGAAGCACAGUAAAAGAGGCAGAGACCACUGCAGAAGGACAGAGUGUUCCAGACAAAUGCCAUGUAACUGUGCUGCAGCCACAAUUUACUUCCCAAGGUACUGGAUUGAAAAGAAUGUGCCCAAGGGGCUGUGAUCUGCCUCUGCUUCCUGUCCUUACCCAACAUGCCAGAGUCAACCCAUCACCAUUCACUUCUAACAAUUAGAGUUGUCUCAACUCAGCAGCCCAGGUAGACCCAUAUCCAGCACACAUCACUCUUCAGGUCUAGUGUUUUCUGUUCUUUGUGUCAUUGUUGUCUAUUUCCAAUCGGUCAAUCUCUACCCAUUCAUCCUUAUAAGCUUUUCAUUUCUCAUUCUGCACUAAUCAAUCACUUCAGCUCAUUAUCCCAUGACAUGGUAUUUUAAUUAAGAAGAAAGUCAACAGAAUGGUCAAAUGAAAAACCUUUGUACAAAACUGUAAAUAUUAAUAUAAAUUAACUUGGCAUGCAACUUAUUUAACUAAUGAAUUAUCUGUUAUUAAACUGCUGUCUCAGUGUAUAAAGGAAAACUGACUGCCAUAUUUACCAGAUGUUUCCUCUAACCAAACAUGAUUGUAAAUAUAUAAUCUGUAUAAAAAAUUUUAAUUUUACCAGUAUUUAUGCAAUAGAAAAAUAAAGGUUCUUUUCUUUUCUUUUGAUGAUA